UAACUUAAAUAGCUGCGUGAAAUAUUAACACAAAAACCGAAACUAAAUGUGUUGCACAUUAUAUGUUCUGAGUUAAAACUUAGUUUCCGUGCUUGAACAAAACAAUUGUGAAUCCUUUCAUCAGUCAUUUUAGGAGAGCCCGAAAAUCAAUGUUUUAUAAUUAAAUAUUACAGACUCUAAAGUGCGUGAAUCCGUGCAGGAAGUGACAGACAUUUUUAUCCUUUACUUUCUUGUGUUCUGCUUGGAACAAAAUACGGGGUGGCAGAAAGAACUGUGUCUAUAAGCACGGAAGUAGAAAGGCACUAGAAUACAGCGAUCGAGUUAUCAGUUACUCCAAGAUGACUUCAUUCAAGAACACUAGUUUUGUGUUGGCUCUGGUUUUCUUUAUGUCCAUGACAAUACAUGACAAUAUCGCAGCACCUACAUCAAAAGAACCUGAUCCCGUCGUGGACAUGGACUCACACAAAGAAGACGAUACGAGCGAGAAUAUAGAUGAAGAAGUGCUGGAACUCGAACAUCUAAAGCAUCAAACCACUGCAGGACCAGGAGCAAACACUAAGGAAGAAAUCUUACCGCAACUAGAAAAACAAUUGGAAGAGGAAGCAAAAGCGUCCGCAACUAUUUUGUCUUCUAAUGAAGAAGGUUUGGAAAGUGCGGAGAGUGAUGAUGGCGGCAUUGGUGAUGAUGUAGAUAGUAGUAAUAAAAAUGUUGAUUACGCGGAAAAGAUAGCGAAAGCUUCCGAAAACAUGUUGCUGAAAACGUUGGCCGAGUAUCAUCAUAAACAACAGCAACAACAACAUAUUGAAGACCACCACUUUAUUUCUCACACACAAAAUGCCGGCAUACGAAAACACCCAGACAGUAUAAAAGACAGCAGUAUUUUGAUGAAGUUACUUCCAGGUGUAUCAAGAUAUAAUUACGGUCAACAAAGUUCUGAUUCCACAACACCGGCGGUGUCAGAAUUAUCCAUUGCAUCACAAUCCGAGCACAAUUCGAAUUCUUACCAUGACACCAAUUCCCAGACUAGCAACGGUCAACGACGCAGUAAUGCUGAGGUGCUGUUACGACAUAGCGGCGGGCAAUAUUCUGCUUUUGACAUGGCUCAAUACGUUUUUUGGACUGGAGAUGAGGCAGGUGUAGCGCGUGCGGUAGAAGAACUGAUCCAGAAGGGCCUGAUGACGCGAGAGAAUGCAAUCAAAUUUCUUCGCGACAUUCGUUUAGGCAUCGACUAUCUCCAAAAUACGUAUUCCAGUAGUUCUCUGAAAUCGGACUCUCACUUGCAUGUUGAACGCGAUAGCAGUACAUCAAUGACCGCUGCUACCGAAGCUCCAACCACAAUGGCAACUCAUACAGAAGCUGUUGUAGACAACAGCUUGAUGGAACAGCCAGCUACUCUCUCACCAGAAAUUAUUAAAGUAAUAGAGCGAUUACCAAGUUUGCUGAAGCUAAAUGAUUUGAAAGAAGAAGCUGAAUCUACACAAGACUACGAUGAUGUUGUUGGGCGUCUGCGAUUAGCAGAUUUUCUAUAUGCGGAAUAUUCACUUGAAGAGGUUAUCUAUCAACUGUCCAAGGUAAUGUUCACGCAAUCGCUGACUCGUGGUUCCGAACCUGCUCAAAACGCGUUAGAGAAGCUAACAGUAUUUCUAGAAUCUGAAGGCACCCAUGGGCGUAUAUCACCUGCACUUCAGAAGAAAAUUCUAGAUGUACUUCUAGCUGCACUUGCUGAUACGCUAGCUGAGAAUCCAGAACUCAUGAAGGCAGCAAGAGUAGCUUUAGGCAACCACAUGGAAAAGAUUCCGCAACGUGAUUCUGCUAACAACCACUAGACGGGAGAUGUUAAUGGUCACUUUUCCGUAAUAGGCUUGAUUGUUAUUGAAUUUAAUGAUAUUUGUUAAUAUAUUAUGUAGAAUUUAAAUGUACGAUUUUGAUAAGUGCAAACAUUUGAUGAAACAACUACAAUGAAGCAUUAUUAAUUAUAAAUACAAAGCUAGCUUACAAAAUCUUGAUAAAUAAUUAAUGGAUAGCUAAUAAAUAUAGACACAAAACGAAAAGUGUAGCUUUUGAUGAAAACACAAGCUCCAAUAACUAUGUGCGACAUAAAAAUGAACAAGAGAAUCUUCUCAACAACAUUUGGAAUAUUUUUACAAGUUAAAAAAAAUACCAGCAGUUUGUCUAUUGAACCGUGCAUACUAUCAAGUAAAGCUUAGCUUAUAUUUAAAGAGAAUGUAUGAAGACUAGUAUGAAUAUGGAAGGAACAACAAUUUCUGCGAAAUCAACAGAACUAUAUGAAUAUUAUGAGAUCAUCAUGUAGUGCAUAGCAUACACCUCUAUUUGUAAUAUACAAAUCUUGUUCAACAUACAUAGGAAUAUUUAUCAUUUAAACAUAUAUUAAUAGAUAAGUGCUGAAAUGCUAUGAAUCUAGCAAGCUGAUUUUUAAUUCC